UUGACUGAGCUGGAAGAAUUUCCGAGCCUGGCAGGAUCAACUGUUGAGAAAAUAGUUUGAACAGGUUUAGGAGCUUUGGAAGAGACUCUCAAUGCAGAAUAAAACACACCCAUUUUGGCAGAUUCGCUUCUCCAAAAGACAAAUACAGUUAUUUACUAUUAAGGCAUUUUCUAACGACAGAGGGCUUUCUGUUUGCAGCUAUAUGUGCGCUGCCGAGAGCCAACUUGGGGGAAGAAACAUUUGAAGAAUAUCUCUCCAAAAGUCUUUUGUACUUUGUCUUGAGGUGGGACUUUGGAAGUGCUACCAUGCCAUAUUUUAUAUCACUGUGUGUCUACUUUUUGAUAGUCCUGAACCCAGUUAUGACAAACACCAUCACCGAAGACAUAGACGUUUUGGUAUUUUUGCCACAAAAUAACUCUUAUCUUUUUUCACAUGCACGAGUGGCACCAGCGAUUCGUUACGCGCAAAAGAGACUGAAGGCAGACGGGGGACAGUACUCCGGAUUCAACUUCAACAUCCAGUUUGAAAACUCCGACUGCUUCUAUGAUGCUUUUUUUACAUUAGCGGACUUGUCUUGCGGACAGAAGCCGGAUUUGAUCCUAGGUCCUGUGUGCGAGUACGAGGCUGCAGUAGUGGUAAGGCUGGCGUCCCACUGGAACAUCCCGGUGAUCUCAGCAGGUGCCCUGGCCGCUGGCUUUCAGAACAAGAACAAAGAAUACUCGCACCUGACUCGCAUUGCCCCGUCAUACGUGAAAAUGGCAGAGACUUUCUCGGCAAUAUUUGAGCACUUCACCUGGAAGAGCGCACUGCUGAUCUUCGAGGACGACAGGGAGCAGCGGAACUGUUACUUCACUGUAGAAGGAGUAUAUCACCUGAUGAGUAACUAUGAUAUUAAAACCCACAUAGUAACUGAAGAAAAACCCAUGAACUUUGACGAGCUCUUCCAAGUAAUGGAUGACACGGAAGUGGUGAUCAUGUGCAUGGGAGGAGACAAAAUAAGAGAGAUCAUGCUGGCUGCACACAAACGACAGAUGACAAGCGGCAAAUACAUAUUCUUUAAUAUUGAACUCUUCAAUGCCUCUUCUUAUGGCAAUGGCUCAUGGAAGAGAGGUGAUGAAUACGACAAUGAUGCGAGGCAAGCCUAUGCUGCGCUUAACACUGUGACUCUCCUGAGAACAGUCAAGCCUGAGUUUGAGAACUUCUCUACAGAAAUGAAAAUGUCCUUUGAAAAGGCAGGGCUUGAUGACUGCAAAGACUGUGAAGAAGUCAACAUGUUUGUUGAGGGAUUUCAUGAUGCCAUGGUACUGUAUGCCAUCGCCUUGCAUGAAGCCAUGAAAAAUGGGUACAGCAAGAAGAACGGAACAGAGAUCACAUCACGGAUGUGGAAUAGAACAUUUGAAGGAAUUGCUGGCCAGGUAUCUAUAGAUGUCAAUGGUGACAGAAAUGGAGAUUUCUCUUUGAUGACCAUGACCAAUGUUGAGACAGGAACCUAUGAGGUGGUGGCCAACUACUUUGGUGUAAAUGGAACUUUCCAGAUGCUGCCAGCAUUCAGCACUGAGCAUUUCACUCUGAAAGAAGGGCAUAAAGAACACCCAGAGAAAUCAGAAACACCCUGUAAAUGUGGACUAGGAGUGUCAGCUUUGACUGGAGUCAUAGUCGGAGCUGUUCUGGGAACUGCAAUGCUUAUAGCAUUCUACUUUUUCAGAAAGAACUACAGAAUUACCAUUGAGCGCCGCACGCGUGGUGAAGAGUGUGAGUCUAGGAAACAUCGCCAAUUACGAGAAGACUCCAUCAGAUCAAACUUCUCAGCAGCAUAAUCAGAGGCUGAGACAAUCCACGGCGAAUCACACAUCUGAAUGUGACCAAAGACUCUGUAGUAGUUGUCAGUGGCUCCAUUUCUGCAUCCCUGCUGUUGUUAAAUAUGAGAAAGUUUUGUUUUUGUGUCCUUUGAUGUUUUGACUUAUAACUCAGGACAGUUAUAACAGUCACAAAGCACCACUUACUUGGAUAUUCCGCCACACAAAGGUAUAUGAUUGUAUUGGUGUAUCAAGAAAGUUGGCCACAAUAUUCUUUAAUUUUGUUAAUGUGUUAUUGUUAUUAUUAUUCACAUAAUGCUAACCGUAACUGUGAAUAAUUCAAAACAGACAGUGUAAUUCAGACUAUAUUGUUAUGCUGUACUAGUAGAGGGGGUGAGAUCUAUUUUUGCCUUGCAGUUUUAAAACAGUGUUUAAGGGCAAGAGACCAUAAUGAUAUCUCAAAACUUUGUUAUAAUAUAAUAGAGCUAAAGGGGUAUAGACUAGAUUGUAUAUCAAUAGGCACUAAGCUACUGAUAUUAAGCUACUGAUGCUGUAAGGUUUUCAGUGCAUCAUAACAUUGCUGCAAUCCAGCAGCUUUCAUGGAAAUGCUAUUUAUAGUUUCCUAAUGGAGGACACUGCUCCAAAAUUGGGCCGUAUAUCAUCUUGAACGUACAUUUUGUCUAUGAUUGUUUCUUUUACAUAAUUUCCUUUUUAAAUUUCUUUAUGUAAUGAACUCACUACCUGACAGCAAUUGUUGUUAUACUUUUUGAUAAGGUAUACUUUACAAAGCAUUGCUUAUUACUGGUUCUAUAUGAAAUUUUAAACAAUAUAGCAGUAAACAAUAUUUUCUGUGUAAACAUGUGUAUAUAGGUAUAAUUGCAAAGAAUUAUUUCACACGCCAUUUGUGUGUCUUGCAAUACAAGCUUCUCAUGCAUGACAAUACAUGAGUCCUUCCCUUAGAAACACUUAGGUUUUCCUGGUCCAUAAAGAGACAAACAUGAAAGUAAAAGUGAGAAGACAGAGCACCCUCAGGAGAAAUUAUCCAGUGCUCCAAAAGCCAAAGAAGUAAAAACAUUAGUCAUAUUUACCUCAUUUCUGCAUCCCUGCUGUUCUUUUUCUGCUUUCCUAUGUGUUCUCUUUCUUUGCGCUAUGCUGUGUGUCUGCUGUGCUCAGCAAAGUAAGAGAGCAUAGGAGAGCAGAAAACAAUAGAAUAGACUGUCAUCAUGAUGGUCAGCUCUGUGUGCGUGUGUGUGUGUGUGUGUGUGUGUACACACAACCUUUCAUGUUGUAAAUGAAAUGCAAAGCGAAGAGACAGGUGUGGCUGAUAUCUUUGUAAAAUAUUGUGAGGGUAAACUGUCUACCAUUUCAAAAACAAUUUUAUUCUUAAGCUCUGGGUUAACUUUUAUUUAAAUCGCUGUGUAAUAUUACUAUAAUGACUCUUGCCAUCUGGUAGUCUAGAUUCACUUAAC